GGGAAACACUCAGUGAGCUAUAAAAGUGGAUGAGGCUGGGAUGGUCGGCAAAGCGGAAAAGACUUUGGAGCAAAAAGUUUCACUAUGGAGUUCUGCACAUUCGCGCUGUUUACGCUCUUUUUCUCGGUUUACAACGUGCUGGCGUUGUCGCCUAAAGGCGCCUGUCUCCUGCAAGUGGACGAGGGACCCUGCAGGGCUGAAAUUGAGCGCUAUUACUACAACACGAUCACCCAAAAGUGCGAGAUUUUCUACUAUGGGGGCUGCCAGGGAAAUGCCAACAACUUCAAGAGUUAUCAGGAGUGCCAGAAAACAUGUUUCAGAAUCCCAAAGAUUCCCCAAAUCUGUAGGUUUCCCAAAGAGGAGGGACCCUGCCGCGGCCUGUUUCACCGCUACUUCUUCAACAUGACCACCAUGCAGUGUGAGCCCUUUUAUUACGGUGGCUGCCAGGGCAACUCCAAUCGCUUCCAGGACCUCACCUCAUGCACAGAGUACUGCAGCCCAAAAAAAACUGUCCCUGUGCUCUGCCUGGACCCUCUGGACAAGGGGAAGUGCUCAGCGUCCAUUCCUCGGUAUUACUACAACUCAGCCACCAAGAUGUGCGAGGAGUUCGUCUACUCGGGCUGUGGGGGGAGCAGCAACAACUUCGUGUCGAGGCAGAGCUGCAUGGACGUGUGUGUUAAAGGAGGGAAAAAGAGCACAAGUCAAGGAAAAGGUCGUCGCAUGAGACGGAAUAGAAAUAAUCACAUCACUUUCUUGCAGGCGUAGACGUCUGACACAUGGCAGACUUGGACAAGUUCUUUCAUGGAAGCCAACCUGUAAUAAACUGACUUUGUUUAUGCCAGAAUGUUCACCAGGUCUUCUUUGUUGUUACUGGAAGAGUUAGAGGCACAUAUGCAUCUUUUCACUGUAUUUGUAUGAAAUUCUUUAUGUGUACUUUCAAAUGUGAUUUCACUGUAAGCUGUUGAUGGAGUUUGUUACUGCUGCACUAAUGUUCCUGAUUGUGAUUUUUGGUAUUGUAUGUUUGUAAUGAAUGUUUUUUUUAUAAGUAUUACAUUAUAAUAAUGAAGGUUUUGACAUGCUUAACUGUUUUAUAAGCGCAAUUUUUGAUAAAAUAUACCGAUUUCAUGAAGCAUUGUGUCAUUGU